UUCGGAAAAAGAAAACUCAAAAAAGGAAAAUCGUGAAGCCUCACCGUCUUGUCUCGCCUCCUUCCUCAUUGCCUCGCCGUUCACCUCCAACUUACCACCGUUCGCCUGUACUUUUCACUCCGUCAUCUUUUAAGUCUCAUCGCCGUUCAUCGUCCUCUAUUCUCGUCUACUCAGGUCUCACUGUCGUUCUGUAGGCAGCAAAUUAAGUGUGGGAUUCGAAAGCUUUUUAACAAAAGGAAGAGGUGAACACUAAAACCAACAUUCAUAACUGAAGCUGUGUGAAGGAAACCUGAGUUUCAAAGCAUAUUGGGAAGGGUGAAAGGUCAUUAACCCAUAACUCAUAAUGGCUGUUCUCUCUGAACAUUCAGAAGGAUUUUCAUCUUCAUCAACUCAUGGUUAUACAUACGAUGUGUUUUUAAGUUUUAGAGGCGUUGACACUCGUCAUGGUUUCACUAAUCAGCUUUAUAAGGCACUCAUGGAUGCCAAAAUCACUACCUUCUUGGAUGAUGAAGAGAUUCAAAUAGGGGAAGAUCUGAAACCGGAAUUGGAGAGUGCAAUUAAAGCAUCUAGGGCUUCUGUUAUUGUGUUGUCCAUGAAUUAUGCUACUUCAACAUGGUGUCUGGAUGAAUUAGUGUUGAUCCUUGAGCAACAUAUGACAUCCAACCAUAUUGUUUUCCCUCUCUUUUAUCAUGUGGAGCCCACUAAUGUCAGGAAGCAAAAAUGUAGCUUCGGAGAUGCAAUGGCUAUGCAUAGACACAGGAUGGAGGCAGAGACAAAUGCAAAUAAAAGAAGUAAAUUAGCUGAAAAAAUGGAAAAAUGGAAUAAAGCGCUUACAGAAGUUGCUGAUUUAAAAGGGAUUGACAUAAAUGGCAGGAAAGAAACGGAGGUUAUUGUAGAAGUUGUAAAUGACAUCUACAAUAGAUUACGUAUAUCCUCAAGGAGUCCUGUGCCACAACUUAUUGGAAUGGACAAUUCCAUUAAUUUUGUCACUUCAUGGUUGCAAGAUGCAUCCUUACAUACAACAAACAUACUCACUAUUUUAGGUAUUGGUGGAAUCGGGAAGACAUCUUUAGCCAAAUAUGUCUAUACGUUACAUUGUCAUGAAUUCCACACAAGCAGUUUUAUUGAAGAUAUCGGUAAGAGAUGUGAUGCAAAAGCUAGUGGUUUGCUCGACUUACAGCAACAACUCUGUGAUGACAUUUCAAAAACAACUUCAAUUCUAGUUAAUAAUGCUUCUAUAUACACCUCAAAAAUUGAGAAUGUAGUCUCCCGUAAAAAGGUGUUUCUAGUUCUUGAUGAUAUCAAUAGUCUUGACCAGUUAAACGCGUUACUUGGAAGCAAAGCUUUUCAUCCGGGAAGCAAAAUCAUAAUAACAACAAAGGACGCGUGGUUAACAGAGAGUUGUGCACUAUUCAAAAAGAACUUUAAACCCAACCAUUUAAAACACUUGCUUGAAGGAUUAGAUGACACUGGGUCACGGAAACUUUUGUGUUUUCAUGCUUUCAUGUCCUAUGAUCCGAAUCCAGGCUAUGAAGAGUUGUCAGAUAAGCUUGUGAAAUAUUGUGAAGGACAUCCAAUGGCUCUUAAAGGUAUGGGAAAGGCUUUACAUAAUCGGGAUAUAUCUUAUUGGGAGGGAUGCAUGGAAGAGUUAAAGAAAGAAAAUGGUGCUCGUAUACAUAAUGUGUUAAGAGGAAGCUUUGACUCUUUACCAUCUAACGAUAAUAAGGAUUUGUUUAAAGAUAUUGCUUGUUUUUUUGUUGGAAUGGAUAAAGAUGUAGCAAUUACAAUAUUAAAUUCUUUUGGUAUAGAAACAAGAAAUGGGAUCACUAAUUUAAUCGACAGAGGCCUUCUUAGUAUUAAUCAAAAUAACAAGUUAAUGAUGCGUCAAUUGAUUCAAGAGAUGGGAAGAUACAUUGUAUGUGAAGAAUCACCUAACAAGCCAUGGAAACGGAGUCGAUUAUGGUGUGAUGAAGAGUCAUUCAAAGUGUUGAAACAAAAAAAGGGUAAAGGGAAUAUUCGAGGCCUCACCCUUGACAUGAGAAUGCUUGAGAAAGAGAAGUUACGUGGAUCAGUUGAGUUGAAAACAGACGCAUUGAGUAAGAUGGAUAGGCUAAUGCUUCUACAACUCAAUUAUGUGCAAAUUCGAGGGUCUUAUGAAAAUUUUCCAGAAGAAUUAAGAUGGUUGUGUAUGCAUGGGUUUCCUUUGAAGUCUAUACCUUCAGACUUACCAAUGGAGAAUUUGGUUGCUCUUGACAUGUCAUAUAGCAAUAUCGAAUCGUUUGGUGUUUGUUAUAGUAAUUCACAACUGCUUCAGAAGAGGCAAAAGCUGGAUGGAUAUUGUUUAAAGGACAAAAGGGUUCUUGGAUCAUUGAAGAUUCUUAAUUUAAGUUUUUGCGAACAACUUAUUAGUCUGGGUGGCUUUGAUGAACUCCCGGCACUUGAGAGGUUGAUAGUUACAAAUUGCAUUGGUUUGCGUGAGGUUUGUGAGUCAAUCGAGCAAUGUGUUCAACUUGUCCUUGUUGAUCUGAGUUACUGCAUCAAGAUUGAAAAGCUUUCAAGAAUUGUAUGUGUGUUGAAGAAGGUUAAAACAUUCUUGCUAGAGGGUUGUAAUCUUGGUGAAUCUUGAAGUCAUAUUGAGGAUAUGGAUUCUUUGAAAUUUUCACUCAAAAGGAAUCUGAAAUCUGGAUCUGCUUUUGUUAAUCAUGAAUGUUGGACAUGGAUGUUGUGAAGGAGAGAUUGGUCUCCUUAUGUAUAUAUAUUAUAAAUACAUAAUGAUCUAACCAGUUAACUAACAUGUUACAUGUCCUUCUUUAUCUUAUAUAGAUGGAUUAUGAGUUAUUUAUCUUAAAUAGAUGGAUCUGACCCCAUUCGACCCA